ACGACUACGAAGUACGACGUUGUUUUCAGUAAUCAGUAGACGUGUUUCUUAGAACUCAGAAGACACUGAUUCUUUGUUUGGUUUUUUCUUAUUCUUCUUCCAGCCGUAGACCGCUUUCUUUGCUCUUUAUUCUCUCUUCUCUUUCUCCCUUUCUUUCUCCAACCAACUUUCUCUUCUCCUAUUCCUUCCUUUCUAAUUGUUCUUCUUCCCUUUUCUCUUUCAACCAACAUUCAUAAAAGUUUUCCUCCCUUUCUGCUUUCACUCACAACGCAACGUACAAUGAAGUCUUCCGAUUCUGUAACUGGUUUUGUCUUGCCGGACCCCAAGAAUAGGUUGUUCCUUUGGAGUGUCAUCAUAAUGGUUUCUUUGAUUUCUGGUGCUUAUUUCGUUGGCAAUGCGGUCUCUGCAAAGGAAUACAAGCAAAGAUUAGCACGAUGGGGACUAGUUCAUACAAUACCAGAUUCAAAAUCCAAUGCAUGCAAGAGACAAUGCUUGCCUAUUGGAAGUGAGGCUUUGCCUGAAGGAAUUAUUGCUAGAACAUCGAACUUGGAAAUGCGGCCCUUAUGGGACUCUGGUAAAGAUAAUAGAGUUUUAAAGGGCCCUUUGAACUUAUUGGCAAUGGCAGUAGGAGUUAAGCAAAAAGAAAUUGUCAACAAAAUUGUUGAAAAGUUCUUGUCAAGUGAUUUUGUUGUGAUGCUUUUUCAUUAUGAUGGUAUUGUGGAUGGAUGGAAGAGUUUAGCUUGGAGUAAUCGUGCCAUACAUGUGUCUGCUAACAAUCAAACAAAAUGGUGGUUUGCGAAACGGUUUAUGCAUCCAGACAUUGUUGCUGAAUACAAUUAUAUAUUUCUCUGGGAUGAAGACCUUCUUGUUGAUAAUUUUGACCCAAAAAGGUAUUUGUCUAUUGUUAAAGAAGAGGGACUUGAGAUAUCUCAGCCAGCUCUGGAUCCUACCAAAUCUGAAGUACAUCAUCCACUGACAGUCCAUAAAGCAGGAUCUAAAGUGCACAGAAGGUAUUAUAAAUUUAAAGGUAGUGGAAGGUGUGAUGACAAAAGCACUGCUCCUCCUUGCAUUGGUUGGGUGGAAAUGAUGGCACCGGUGUUUUCUAAAAAGUCUUGGCAAUGUGUAUGGCAUUUGAUCCAGAAUGACUUAAUCCAUGCCUGGGGCCUGGAUAGGCAGCUUGGCUAUUGUGCACAGGGUGAUCGAAUGCAAAAUGUUGGUGUGGUUGAUUCUCAGUACAUCGUACAUCUGGGUCUGCCUACUCUCGGGGGCUCAAAUGGCAAUGAGGCGCCAUCGGGUUCCCCCGUAGAUAAUGCUAGAGCUAAAGUUAGGAUGCAGUCAUACAUUGAAAUGCAAGUUUUUGGCAGAAGAUGGAAAGAUGCAGCAAAGAAAGACAAAUGUUGGAUUGAUCGGUACGAAAAACAGGAAAACCAGACCAGCCAUUAACCGAUCAAAAUUCAAGUCCAGUGUGCAUGCUUAUAGUCAGCGUUUCGAAUUGACACAUGUCAACAUCGCAACGGAUUUUGGUUUCUAGUCUUAGUUGGAGCUUUUGAUUUGAUAUAUCUCAAUUGUGAGAUAUCGUAAGAGUGUGCAGGAGCAUCCGUUUACCAUUAUUCUACCUUCGAUUGUGAUUAAGCCAAGCCAUUCAUUUCUUUAAAUAUUGGUGUACAUAAGAUGGUAUAGAGGUGUUCAUAUAUGACAGCAGAAAAAUGUGAGGCAUAGAUUUUUCUCCCGGGAAGGUCAGUGUAAAGCGGUUACUUGUAUGAAACAAUCAAAAAAUUCUCGGCUUAUUCAAGGGCCUCGUUUUAGAAAGAGGUAUUUGCUUUUUAUGGAUACAAAUUUUCAAUU